AUAAUAAUAGUCAAUAAUCAUCCCCAUAUAGUCGACAUCCUGAACCCAAGAAACAAUUCUGUAGCAUAAGCUUGCUUUACAUUUCCCCGCUCCUAAUCGUCUCUCAGGUAUGGCUGAAGAAGCUGGGAUGUUUUUUGUUCAACAAACUGUUGGCAGUGUUUUAUGCUGCAAAUGUGGUAUUCCAAUGGCACCAAAUGCUGCAAAUAUGUGUGUCAAGUGCUUACGUACUGAAGUUGACAUUACAGAGGGUUUACAAAAGCAUGUCAUUAUCGUUCAUUGCCCAGAAUGCGAUACGUACUUGCAGCCACCCAGAACUUGGAUUAAAGCACAACUUGAGUCGAAGGAACUCUUGACCUUUUGUGUAAAGAGAGUAAAGAAUUUGAAUAAGGUUAAGCUAGUCGAUGCGGGUUUUAUAUGGACAGAGCCUCACUCUAAAAGGCUCAAAGUCAAACUGAGAGUACAGAAGGAGGUUCUUAAUGGUGCAGUCCUUGAACAAACUUGUACAGUUGAAUAUGUUGUACAAGAUCAAAUGUGUGAAUCUUGCACCAGAGUGCAGGCUAAUCCUGAUCAGUGGGUAGCUGCAGUUCAACUAAGGCAGCAUGUUUCUCAUAGGAGAACCUUUUUCUUCUUGGAACAGCUUAUACUUAAGCAUGAUGCCGCUGCCCGUGCCAUAAGAAUUACUCAGAUGGACCAGGGAAUUGAUUUCUUUUUUGCUAAUCGCAGUCACGGUGUGAAGUUCGUAGAAUUUCUGGGUAAAGUUGUUCCAGUCAAGAGUCGGAGUGACAAACAGCUUGUGUCCCAUGAUACCAAGAGCAAUAACUACAAUUAUAAGCACACUUUCUCUGUUGAACUCUGCCCAAUCUGUCGUGAGGAUCUAAUCUGCCUGCCCCCAAAAGUUUCGGCUAGUUUAGGACAUCUUGGCCCACUAGUAAUAUGCACAAAAGUAAGCAACAAUAUCAUUUUACUGGACCCCUUCACUCUUAGACACUGUUUUCUGGAUGCUGAUCAAUAUUGGAGGUCAGCUUUCAAGUCCCUACUUUCCAGUAGGCAGCUUAUCGAAUAUAUAGUAUUGGAUAUAGAGUCUUGUGCUUCUGAAGUAACUGUUGGUGGGUCUACUUAUCUUUUGGCUGAUGCACAAGUAGCGCGUCUAUCAGAUUUUGGAAAGAAUGAUACUAUAUACUUUGUAAAAACACAUUUAGGCCAUCUUUUAUCUCCUGGGGAUUAUGCUCUUGGUUAUGACUUGCACGCUGCCAACACUAAUGAUAUGGAACUAAAUAAAUACAAAGGUUUUGUCCUCCCGGAUGUGGUUUUGAUAAAAAAGAGCUAUGAGGAGAAACGCAUGAAGAAGCGUGGGAAGCCUCGUGCUUGGAAGCUUAAAUCCCUUGGCAUGGAAAUUGAUGAUUCUGCUAAAGGUAAAUUUGAUGAAGAAAAGAUGGAUGCAGAAUAUGAAAAGUUUUUGGAAGACUUGGAGGAGAACCCUGAAUUAAGGUUUAAUGUGUCGUUGUACCGUAAUAAAGAAUACCAGCCAUCAGAUAUGGCAUCUGUAACUGAUGGAGAGGAUGCUCCUACUGUGCCUUUAGAUGAGUUGCUUGGUGAUUUAAAUCUUACUGAAGCAGAAACUGAUUAUGAUGAUAUGAAGGAGUGAAUUGAAGCUGGUCUAUUCAAUUAAAAGUGCAGGAGGCUGAGAUUUUUUAGUAGGUAUAUUAAAGUGCUUUGACGAUGCUAGUGUAUCAAGGUUUAUGAGUUGGUGAUCUACUACACAACUGAACGAGGGGACAGAUUACAGAAAACGAUUCUCUCCCACUAGUGGACAUCAAUUUGGAAUAGGCAAUUGUAUGAAUCUCGCUACUUGUUUACUUAAAAUUGUACACAUGAGAGGUUAUCUCUCUCCCUCCCCCUCUCUCCCCCCUCUCUCUCUUUUCGGCUAUUGUGGUAUUUCGACCUGAUUCAGGAUUCAAAAUUUCCUUUUGGAUCAAAAGUAAUAUACUUUCACAGCGGGAAACAAAGAUGUUGGAUCUGAGAUUCAAUUCAUCGGAACAUGGGGAAUAUGAUGACUAGAAGAUAUUGCUACAUGAUUACUGAUCGAUGUUUUAACAUGUUUUUCUUUAGCCUUUUAUCAUUUUAUGAAUGUUUUUUGUGUGUAUUUACACCACAAUCAAGGUACGCUAUUUUAAACUUUUGAAGAUUUAUCAUUAUAUUGAUUUUGUUGGGUUUUAUGUUUAUAAGUGUUAGAUGUAGACGUGAAUUUUGACAGGCUUGAAUUCAUGUAUCUGCUACUUGUUAUUUUUUCUCGAUCACUUUGUUAUGAGAUGUUGAAGACUAGUACUAUAGUUGUUUUGGUUAAUCGCCAUAGUCUUUUGAAGGAUUA